AUGAAAUAUGAAAUAAACGGAAAUCAAAUUCAAAAACUUAUCAAUCCAGGGAUAACGUCAACAUUAAAAGGAUAUUGUUCGUACAAUAAAACAAAUAUUUCUUCACACCAAAACGCUGCCUGGGAUAGUGAUUUAAAAAAUGUUAAUAAAGAUUUCAUUGAUGGCGAUUAUAAACGUAUUUUAAUCAACUGUAACCAGCAACUCAUAUUAAAUAGAUCAUCCAUCGAUUUAAAUGCUAUUAAGCAAUAUAAAAAUAAUGAGUUAGUGGACGUGAAAGUGAGUGAUAGAGAAAAAAAUCGAUUGUUGAAAGUAGUCAACAAUCAGAAACCUCUAACAUGUGCGUUUCGUUCAUGGGAACUUUGUGAACAUCCAUUUUUACCUCAAAACACUUCACAUUCGUGGAAAGUAAAGACAUCCAACAAAUUAGAAAAACCUAGGUAUGUCAUAAUCGGUUUUCAAACUGACAGGAAAAAUAGCUCAAGUAAAUCAAUGUCAUAUUUUGAUCAUUGUAAAAUUAAAAACUUGAAAGUCUAUUUAAACUCCGAAGUAUUCCCCUAUGAAGAUUUUCAAAGUGACUUUAACAAAAAUAAGAUGGCUACGUUAUACCGUGCGUAUGCAGAGUUCCAAAAAUCUUACUACGGUCACGACGAUGUAACACCUCUAUUGAACCGAUCAGAAUUCAAAAAUCUAUCUCCAAUUAUAGUUGUCGAUAUGAGCCGACAGAACGACAACGUGAAAAUGGCGACAGUAGACCUCAGAAUUGAACUAGAAGCUGAUGAAGCGUUUCCAGUCUCCACUUCUGCAUAUUGUUUAAUAUUACAUGACCAAAUUAUAACUUAUAAUCCGUUUAACGGAGAAGUAAGAACCUUGUAA